UCAAAUCUCUUCUCACAUAUACAAUAUGGCUUCUCAGUUGCAACACAUCAGCAAACCGAAAUUCUUUACUUCUCAUCACUCUGAACCUCGUUCCCUUCUUCAAAACUUCCUCAAAACCAGACCAGAAACAGUACGAAUCUUGAAGACAAGAGAUCCACCAAAGACUUUUCCGGUCAAAUGUUCUUCUUCUUGCAUAACUCCACCACCUGAUCGCCAUAAGCUACACCAGAAGCGGACCAUUUUCCCAAACAACGACCAAAGAGAAGAACAAGAACAAGAUCAAGAUCAAGAACAAGAACAAGAACAAGAUGUUCCACUCCACCGGGUUUGGAGAGAAAUCCAAGGUUGCAACAGCUGGGAAGGGCUAUUAGAUCCCAUGAACAGCCAUCUCCGCCGUGAGAUCAUACGCUACGGAGAGUUUGCGCAAGCUUGCUACGACUCGUUCGAUUUCGACCCUCACUCCAAGUACUGCGGCUCCUGCAAAUACCACCCUUCCGAUUUCUUCGCAAGACUCGACCUUGCAACUCACAAAGCUUACACCAUAACACGGUACCUCUACGCAACUUCGAACAUCAACCUUCCCAAGUUUUUCCAGAAAUCGAAACUAAGUUCAGUAUGGAGCAAACACGCGAACUGGAUGGGGUAUGUGGCCGUAGUCACGGAUGAAGAAGAGGUCAAGCGGCUGGGGAGACGCGACAUAGUCAUCGCUUGGAGAGGGACAGUGACUUAUCUAGAAUGGAUCUACGAUCUGAAAGACAUUCUUUACCCGCCCAACUUCUCCGAGGACCCAUCGAUCAAGAUUGAAUGCGGUUUUCAUGACUUAUACACCAAGAAAGAAGAUUCUUGUAAGUUCUCAUCGUUUUCAGCUCGCGAGCAAGUCUUAGCAGAAGUGAAACGGCUACUUGACUACUACGGUAGAGAAGAACAUGAUAUCAGCAUCACUAUAACGGGUCACAGCCUAGGUGCAGCCCUUGCGCUGGUCAGCGCUUACGAUAUUGCGGAGUUAAACAUCAACCGCAUACCCGAGAACAGCUACCAAGUUCCCAUAAGUGUGUUCUCCUUCUCGGGCCCUCGGGUUGGUAAUUUGAAGUUCAAGGAACGAUGCGAAGAGCUCGGGAUCAAAGUCCUUAGAGUUGUGAACGUGCAUGACAAGGUACCAACAGUCCCGGGAAUAUUCGCGAACGAGAAGUCCCAGUUCCAGAAGUACAUAGAAGAGACGACAUCAUUCCCAUGGAGUUACGCACACGUCGGGGUGGAACUUGCCUUGGACCACACGAAAAGCCCAUUUCUGAAACCGACCAAGGAUCUGGGUUGCGCUCACAGCUUGGAAGCUCUACUGCACUUGGUAGAUGGGUUCCAUGGCGAAGGAGGGAGGUUUCACCUGGAGACGAAGAGGGACGUUGCGUUGGUGAACAAAAGCUGUGAUUUUCUGAAGAGUGAAUAUGGGGUGCCGCCGUGUUGGAGACAAGACGAGAACAAAGGGAUGGUGAGGAACGGCGAGGGAAGGUGGGUUUUGUCGGAGAGGGCUCGGCCUGAGGCUCACUUGCCGGAGGAAAUUGCUCUUCAACUUCAACGUGUUCUUGGAGAUGUCUAUGGACUCUAAGAAACCAUAUACAGUUCAUGUCAACGACAACGACGACGAUCAUGUUAAAAUUCCAAUUUCCUAAGAGAAAAACAAAUAUAUUGUAUAUAGGAGGUAACCAUUUCAGUU